AUGAAGGGUAUGGAUUCGAUUGGUAAGGGCGCGUGCACUCCUCUGAACUGCUCGUUCGGAGGCAUCCCCGCCAAGUGGAAGACGUCGAACCUGCUCAAGAACAAGCUCGGUGUGGAGGUGUACGUGAAGGGCAACCCCCUGACUGUGAAGAAGGCGUCCCCGCAGACGUGCUGCAACACGUGCGCGGGUUACUCCGGCUGCACGUACUGGCAGUACAUCCCCGACAUCACCAUCGACGGCAAGAAAUCGGACGGCGCGUGCUACCUGGUGCACGACAACAUCGACUUCACCUGCGGUGAGAUGACGGCGCAGUACGCGACGGACACUAAGCCCAUCGCGCUGCAGUCGAGCUCCGUGCUGUCCGUUGACUGCGCGUUCACGGAGUACCACCGCGCCAAGCAGCUGAGCCCCGUGCAACACAUCGACCUGGAGCCCUUUCCGUAG